AUGCAAAGAGAGGAUACCAACGCCGUGCGAGAACAUAGAAAAGAAAGCGAGGCCAAGAAACAAAGCCAUAAAGACAAAUUUGUGUAUCAUCUCAUCGCUGGGUAUGUUCAAUUCUUUUUUUGGAAAUAG